AGCCAAUCUAAUAUUAUCUCAUUUAUAUGGAAUUUAGUGACCUCCCAACUUCUAAAACUUCAAUACUUUAUUUAUAGAAAGCAAAAAGAUAAGCAUUGCAUAAGACGAUACUUAUGGAUGUACAAGAACUAAAAGCAAGUGAUCUUGAAUCACCAUUGAUCUCUGAAGCUGGAAGAUUAGAAUCAAAACACAGAUACACUAAAAAUGAGAUCGUCCUGGAGGUGAAGAAGCAGCUCAAGUUGGCUGGUCCUCUUGUAUCAGUUAAUUUCUUGAUAUUUCUUUUACAGGUUAUAUCAGUCAUGUUUGUUGGUCAUCUUGGAGAGCUAUCUCUUGCUGGUGCUUCCAUGGCCACUUCUUUCGCUUCAGUAACCGGCUUCAGUUUAUUGAGAGGAAUGGGAAGUGCAUUAGAUACAUUAUGUGGUCAAUCUUAUGGAGCGAAGCAGUAUCACAUGCUUGGUAUACACUUACAAAGAGCAAUGAUUGUUCUUCUCUUUGUCAGCAUUUCCCUUGCAUUUAUAUGGGCGAAUGCUGGUGAAAUUCUUCUGUUUUUCAGACAGGACCCAGAGAUAUCAGCUGAGGCCGGACGCUAUGCUCAUUUCAUGAUUCCUUGCAUAUUCGGUUUUGCCAUCCAGGAAUGUCUUGUUAGAUUUUUGCAGACUCAGAACAAUGUGAUUCCACUGAUGAUUAGCUCAGGAAUUACAACUUUACUUCACAUCUUUAUUUGUUGGAUUCUUGUUUUCAAGUCUGGACUUGGAAAUAAAGGUGCAGCGCUGGCAAAUGCUUUCUCUUAUUGGAUCUAUGCAUUCUUAUUAAUACUUUAUGUCAGCAUCUCUCCUUCCUGCAAGAAGACUUGGACUGGUUUUUCUAUGCAGGCCCUUUAUGGAAUUCCCAAUUAUCUUAAACUAGCAAUUCCUUCAGCUGUAAUGCUUAGCUUGGAGAUUUGGUCAUUUGAGAUGAUGGUUCUGUUAUCUGGUCUUCUUCCACAUCCAAAACUUGAAACAUCAGUUCUAUCCAUCAGCCUUAACACAUGUUCGAUGAUAUACAUGAUACCCCUUGGAUUCAGUGGCGCUAUAAGUACAAGAGUUUCAAAUGAACUUGGUGCUGGGCAACCAAGAGCAGCUUGUCUAGCAAUAUGCAUUGCGGUAUGCAUGGUUGCCACAGAAGGCAUUUUGGCAGCCUUCAUCCUCAUACUAGGCCAUAAAGUUUGGGGCUACUUUUAUAGUACAGAAGAAAGAGUAGUGAAAUAUGUGGGAGAAAUGCUAAUUUUGAUUUCAGCUUCCCAUUUUUGUGAUGGCAUUCAAUCUGUGCUUUCAGGAACUGCUAGAGGAUGUGGGUGGCAGAAGCUUGGAGCUAUGAUUAAUCUGGGAGCUUACUAUCUUGUUGGCAUUCCUUGUUCUGUGCUAUUAGCUUUUGUCUACCACAUUGGAGGGAAGGGCCUCUGGACAGGACUUAUAGUUGCACUCUUUGUCCAAGCAUUAGGUCUGUUGGCAAAAACUCUGAGCACCAACUGGGAGGAAGAAUCAAAGAAAGCUAGUGAUAGAGUCUACAGCAAUAUUGCCACAUUCAUUCCUGAAGAUUCAUCGCUAUAAAUGAGGCUCAGAAAUAAUUUUAAGCAUUUGUAGCCUGAUCUUGCAUUGUAGUACCAAAGGGUUAUUGCUCGAUGCUAAAAGCUUAGGAUUGUACCUGGAAGUCUCUGGUUCAAAUCCUUUCAGAGAUUAUGAAUUAUGGAAAGGGAAGAGUUAAACCGUUGUUUGGUCUAACUGUAUUUCCUAUGUACCAAAUGAUUUCGAAUUGUAAGCAAAAAUCCAUCAUCCUGGAAUAGAUGAGUAUAUUUAUUAUGAUGCUAUUGAUAAA